CCAUUUUUGGGGCAGUAAGAUCGAGCGAGGAGCCCAAGAGCGAGCGCGCAGCCCGAGAGCUCGAGCCGCCUCCGCCGCCCGCGCCGCGAGAUCCGCACCGGCCUCCCCGAGAGCGAGCCCCGGCCGCCGCGACCAGCAGCCGCGCUAACCGCCGACCAACCGCCAGCGAGGUGCCCGAGUGAGCGCGGAGGAGGCGGCAUGAGCGAGGCGGGCGAGGCCACCACCACCACCACCACCACCACCACCACCGCGACCACCACCACCGCGACCACCACCCUCCCGCAGGCUCCGGCGGAGGCGGCCGCCGCGGCCCCCCAGGACCCCGCGCCCAAGAGCCCCGCGGGCGGCGGCGCGGCCCCGGCGCCCGCCGCCCUGGUCGCGGGAAACCCAGCGGGGGACGCGGCCCCCGCAGCCCCGGGCACCGCGGCCCCCGCCUCUUCGGCCGCCGCCGGCAGUGAAGACGCGGAGAAGAAAGUUCUCGCCACCAAAGUCCUUGGCACUGUCAAAUGGUUCAACGUCAGAAAUGGAUAUGGAUUUAUAAAUCGAAAUGACACCAAAGAAGAUGUAUUUGUCCAUCAGACCGCCAUCAAGAAGAAUAACCCACGGAAAUACCUGCGCAGUGUAGGAGAUGGAGAAACUGUAGAGUUUGAUGUGGUCGAAGGAGAGAAGGGGGCAGAAGCAGCCAACGUGACUGGCCCGGAUGGAGUGCCCGUGGAAGGGAGCCGCUACGCUGCUGACCGGCGCCGGUACCGCCGUGGCUACUACGGCCGCCGCCGGGGGCCGCCCCGCAAUUACGCUGGGGAGGAGGAGGAGGAAGGGAGCGGCAGCAGUGAAGGAUUUGACCCCCCUGCCACUGACGGGCAGUUCCCUGGCGCCCGGAGUCAGCUGCGCCGCCCCCAGUAUCGCCCUCAGUACCGGCGGCGGUUCCCGCCUUACCACGUGGGACAGACCUCUGACCGCCGCUCCCGGGCCUUUCCCCAUCCCAGCAGAAUGCAGGCUGGUGAGAUUGGGGAGAUAAAGGAUGGAGUCCCAGACGGAGCACAACUUCAGGGACCAGUCCAUCGGAAUCCGACUUACCGCCCGAGGUUCCGUAGGGGCCCUCCUCGCCCACGACCCGCCCCGGUUGUUGGAGAGACUGAAGAUAAAGAGAAUCAACAAGCUGCCAGUGGUCCCAACCAGCCGUCUGCUCGCCGUGGAUACCGGCGCCCCUAUAACUAUCGGCGCCGCCCCCGCCCUCCCAACGCUCCUGCACAAGAUGGCAAAGAGACCAAGGCAGGCGACGCGCCAUCUGAGAACCCCGCUCCGGCCACCGAGCAGAGCAGUGCUGAGUGACAGCAGGCUCCCCAGGCACCUCACCACCUGCAGGUGACCUAAGAAAUUAAUGACCAUUCAAAAAAUAAGACUAAGCAAAAAACAGACCACGACCUUACCAACACCAAAGAAACGUCCAAGCAAUAAAGUGGAAGACUAGUAACCAAGAUGUGGACAUUAGAAUGUUUACUAUUGUUCUUGACAAGACAAACAGCUACACAAGGAAAGCGUCAGCCGGUGUCUCCAGCAAGCUGAGACCCUGGGAAUGCCUGCACAGAGCAAGAGAGUGACCUCCCCGCUUUCAGCAACCACUCGGUUUAUUAUUAUUUUUUCUGGUUUUUACUGUUUUGGUAAUAUGAAUUGAAAGAGGAAUUAUUAAUACCACAUGGGGAGACCCCCCCCCAACCAAAGAAAUCUGAAAUAUAUAGUAAAUGCUUUUUUUCCUUUUUUGUUCAUUUUGGAUGCUGGUGCUAAACUUCCAAGUGUCGUGAUUUAAAAAGAAAUUUUAUGCCCUUCUUAUUUAUUUCUAGGAUGAGGGGAGGGUAACAUUUUGCUUUCUGAUGUGACUCUCUUUGAAAAUGUGCAGUCUAAAGUUCCUCAAAAAUAAAAUUUUUACCCUUAAAAGGAAA